AUGAACCAAGGAAAAAAUGAAAUAUUUGAAAGUGAGUUGUCAGAAGAGCAAGAAAGAAAAAAAUCAUUGAUAUCUAAUUUUAAUGCUGUAAAGAAGUCCUUAAAAGUUUCAAGUGAGGAAUUGCAAAAGUCAAGGUCAGAAAUAACAGGCCUUUAUAAUGAAAUUCAAAGUCUUCCAGGGGCAGCAGAAGAGAGAGACCAGUUUUUAAUAGAAUAUGAAUUGCUGCAAAGAGAGAAUUAUGAAUUAGAGACAAAGGUCUUGAAUCUUUCACAAGAAUAUGAACAAUUAAAUCAUUUUGCUGAAAGGGAAAAAACUGCAGCUCCUAACUUAAUCGCAAGAGAAAAACUCUGUGCAGAUCUUGAGUCUAAUUUCCCAAAUUUGGAAUUAGUGAAUCAAAGCCCAAAGGAAGAGAGAGAGAAACUCUGUUCCAAAUCAGGAGAAAAUGGGCAGAAGAAAAUUCCAGAGCUGUCAGAAAUGAAAGGCACAUUCCCAAAAGAGGGUCAGGAGAAGGACCCAGCCCAGAGCCGAGAUGUGAAAGGAGAACAGCAGUUGUCAUGGAAGCGUGAGAACAUGGCAAGGCUUAGAGAAGAGGUGAUCCUUAUGAGCCAGAGCCUCCUUGAGAGCUCAGGGGAUAGUUCAGAUGAUAGUAGCCUUCAGUGCCUACCCUCAGAAGAAAAACUGAAAAACCAGCAAGAAGAAGUACAACAACUACGCCAGAAUUUGCACCGGCUCCAAGUUCUAUGCAAUUCAGCUGAAAAAGAGCUACGCUAUGAAAGAGGGAAGAAUUUGGACUUAAAGCAACAUAAUAGCUUACUUCAAGACGAAAGCAUUAAGAUCAAAUUUGAACUCAAGCAGGCCCAGCAGAAGUUAUUAGACAGCACAAAGAUGUGCUCUUCGCUCACAGCAGAGUGGAAGCAUUGUCAGCAAAAAAUGAAGGAGUUGGAGCUGGAAGUACUUACACAGGCUCAGAGCAUUAAAUCACACAACAACCUACAGGAAAAGCUGGCUCAGGAGAAAUCUAAAGUUGCUGGUGCAGAGGAAAAGAUUUUGGAUCUGCAGCAGAAAUUAGAACAAGCUCAGAAAGUUUGUGCAGACACUUGUGCUUUGGAGAAGAAGCAACUUGAGGAAAGGAUGAAAGAAGCAAUAGAAAAUGAAGCUAGACUAAAGCAGUGCUGUCUGGAAGAACAACAGAAGAGGAAACUCCUAGAUCAGGAUAUUAAUGAGCUACAAAAGCAAGUGAAGAUCUCACAGAACAAAGAAAGUGAACUGGAAAAAAUCAGUUCUCAGCAACAAGCCCAGAUAAAGCAACAAGAAGCCCAAAUUAAACAACUGGAAAAUGAACAAAGAAAGUCUGAAGAGUAUCUCAAGAGCAACCGGGAAUUGUCAGAGAAGCUUUCUGGGUUGCAGCAAGACAAGGAGGCUCUGCGUGAAGAAUACAGGCAAUUUUUGAAGCAGUUUGAUGUCCAUGUGAGAAACUAUACUGAGAAGCAUCACCACAACAAAGCCAAACUUCAAAGAGUCAAGGAUCAUUGGGCUCAGGAAGUAAAACAACGAGAUGAGAGAAUCAAACUACUUGAAAACAAAGUUAAUAUCUUACAACAACAAAAAGAAAAGGGGAAGGCAAUCCAGGAUCAGGUCAUUUCCCAAAAUAAUAUUCUGCUCCUAGAAAAAAGGAAGCUUCUGGAGCAACUCAGAGAGAAGGAAUACUUGAUCCACAGCAACAAGUGGGUAAUAACUUCUGUUCAGAGCAGAGUAUUCUUCCUGGAUAGAGAAAAUAAGCAGUUGCAGGAGAACAGUCUGCGGCUCACACAGCAGGUCGACCUCUUGGAGCGCAUCAUACAGAGCAUACAGAUUCAUAUAGGGGAGGAAGCAACUAGUCACAUACCUGAAUUUAAACAUUUGAAUAAAAUAUUUCCCCUUUCAAAUUCCAGUUUUACAGGAAGAUACUUGAUAGAUCCAGCUAAGAGUCUCCAAGAGGCUGAAGAUCAUAAGCCAGAAGAAGAAAAGGCAAACCCCAAAUCCUGUAUAAGCCAUUCUGAUUCCCAGAAUUCUGAAGCUGGCUUUACUUUACUUGACUUCUCCAAAUGAGACAAAAAUCAGCCAAGAACAAGACAAAAAGUCAGAACUAUAAAAAAAAAAUCACUACUAUCUAAAUCGGACUAUCUGAGCAGCUAACUUAAAGUCUAGGAAAGAAGGUGAAACACAAUAUGAAGAGUUUCCACAGGUUACCACUAGACCAGUAGUUCCCCAAACUGUUUUUAUAGUCAUUAAAUUGGUUGUUAAGGUGGAUUUA